AUGGCUACGAAAGAGACAGUGCUUGUGACCGGCGGCUCAGGCUUCAUCGGCUCGCAUUGCCUGCUACGCGGUCUGGAACAAGGAUACCGUAUGCGCACCACAAUCCGCAAUCUCAAACGCACAGACGAAGUCCGCCAGUCCCUCCGCAAUGGCGGAGCGACUCAAGAGCAAGCAGACAGCGUACAAUUCUUCGCAGCAGACCUCAUGAAAGAUGACGGCUGGCUCGAAGCCUGCACCGGGUGUGACUACGUUCUUCACGUCGCAAGUCCCUUCCCAGCAGGCGUUCCAAAGCACGAGGACGAACUGGUCGCGCCAGCAAGAGAUGGCACACUUCGCGCUUUGCGCUUUGCGAAGCAGGUUGGCACAGUGAAGAGGGUUGUGGUGACAAGCUCGUUUGCUUCGGUGGGCUAUGGACAUGGGAACAGAGGUGUUGAUAAGCCUUUCACUGAGGAAGACUGGACGGUGCUGGAUGGCUCCAAGGGCGAGAAAGUGUUUGCAUACCCGAAGAGUAAGACGGUCGCUGAGAGAUCGGCUUGGGACUGGAUACAGAAAGAAGGCGGCAGUCUCGAGCUUGCGACUGUCAACCCCGUGGGCGUCUUCGGCCCUGUGCUUAGUGGAGACUUCGCUACCAGUGUUGAGAUCGUCUCCAGACUCUUGAAGGGCGAAAUGCCCGUCAUGCCGCAACUCGCUUUCGGCAUUGUUGACGUGCGCGAUGUUGCUGAGGUACACUUCAAAGCCAUGACGGACCCGAAAGCCAAGAACCAGCGUUUCAUCGCUUGCGCGGAUGGCACGUUCCUUUACAUCAAGGACAUCGCCAAUAUAUUGAAGAAGGAGCUGCCGGCGCAGGACACGAAGAAGGUGCCUUCGAUGGUUGCUCCCAAUUUCUUGGUCAAGCUGAUGGGAUUCGUCGACCCGGCGGCUAGUCUUGUGGCGUCGGAACUUGGUAAGCGAAAGGCUUGCAGUAAUGAGACGACCAAGACGACGCUGGGCAUGAAGUUCAGGAGUACGGAUGAGGCUAUUGUGUCGUGCGCGAAGAGCUUGAAGGAGCAUGGUGUGGUCAAGUCGUAA